UGAACUGGGACCUGAAACAAUGUCUGCCUCGGAACGAAACGCUGAGGAUACCUGAUCACACAAUCCUUGGAGUUGUUUCCAGGAAACCCUUGCAGAAACUCAUCUGGAUCGCCCUUUCCCUGCAGCACACCCCAACGGCCAGGAGAUGAGCGCGUCUCUGAACUACAAGUCUUUUUCCAAAGAGCAGCAGACCAUGGAUAACUUGGAGAAGCAACUCAUCUGCCCCAUCUGCUUAGAGAUGUUCACGAAGCCUGUGGUCAUUCUCCCCUGUCAGCAUAACCUGUGCAGGAAAUGCGCCAGUGAUAUCUUCCAGGCCUCUAACCCGUACCUGCCCACCAGAGGAGGCAGCACCGUGGCGUCAGGGGGCCGGUUCCGCUGCCCAUCCUGCAGACACGAGGUGGUUUUGGACAGACAUGGGGUGUACGGACUUCAGCGGAAUCUGCUGGUGGAAAAUAUCAUCGACAUCUACAAGCAGGAGUCCACAAGACCUGAAAAGAAGUCUGACCAACCCAUGUGUGAGGAGCACGAGGAAGAGCGCAUCAACAUCUACUGUCUGAAUUGCGAGGUGCCUACCUGCUCUCUUUGCAAGGUUUUUGGGGCUCACAAAGAUUGUCAAGUGGCUCCCCUCACUCAUGUAUUCCAGAGACAAAAGUCUGAACUCAGUGAUGGUAUUGCCGUUCUUGUUGGCAGCAACGACAGAGUCCAGGGAGUGAUCAGCCAGCUGGAAGACACCUGUAAAACGAUUGAGGAAUGCUGCAGAAAUCAGAAGCAGGAGCUGUGUGAGAAGUUUGAUUACCUCUAUGGCAUCCUGGAGGAGAGGAAGAAUGACAUGAGUCGAGUCAUCACCCGGACGCAAGAGGAGAAGUUGGAACAUGUCCGAGCUCUGAUCAAAAAGUAUUCUGAUCAUUUGGAGAACGUGUCCAAGUUGGUUGAGUCUGGAAUCCAGGUCAUGGAUGAACCAGAAAUGGCAGUGUUUCUGCAGAAUGCGAAAAUCCUGUUAAAAAAAAUUUCCGAAGCAUCGAAGGCAUUUCAGAUGGAGAAAAUAGAACAUGGUUAUGAAAAUAUGCACCACUUCACAGUCAACCUCAAUAGAGAAGAAAAAAUUAUACGAGAAAUUGAUUUUUACAGAGAAGAAGAAGAUGAAGAGGAAGAAGGAGAUGGGGAGCUAGAAGGAGGAGGAGAAGACGUAGUAGAAGUGGAAGAGGUAGAAACAGAGUCGGGAGUUCGAACAGAGGCUUCCGGAGAAGAUGAGAGUCCAGAGAAAGCCUCUACCCCCUGUCCGCUGGCCUCUGCGUUCCAGGAGGUGCCAGGGCCACUUCCUGUUUUCUCUGUGGAGCCAACUGCAGCCCUGCCGGCUGCUGCUGAGCCCCUGGGAACCCAGGGGGAGGUGGUGCCCAGUGGCUCUCAGCAGACCACAGAGUCUGAAACUCCAGCCCUUGACGCAUCGGAAGCUACGGAUCCCCUGUUUUACCCUAGUUGGUAUAAAGGCCAAACCUGGAAAGCUGCCAACCCACCUUCCACCGCAGGGAGCGAAGGUCUGGGACAAGUAGGGCCUCCAGGUUCGGAGGAUUCCCAUGAGCAGAAGGCAGAAGUGGCAGAAGCCGCAGCCAAUGAGAGGGCAGCAGAGAGUGGUAAGGAAACUAGUUCACCUGCAGCUACUUCUCAGAUUGGAAUUGAAGCCCCGCCUCUCCAAGGACAAGCUGCAGCUUCAGGGAGCAGUGAGGGAGCUGUUUCUGAGCCAGCUCGCCACGUCUUCUCCUUUUCCUGGUUAAACUCCCUGAGUGAAUGAUACUCAUUCCAACCGCUGCCCCUCUGUCUGCCUGGCUGAGAUGCACUGAGGCAGCAGGGAGCCUAGAUGAAAUUAAUACGAUGCAUAUGAUAAAAGGGACCUCGGAACAGGAUUUCUGAAGAAAGAAAAAACAAACUUUAAUUCCAGAUGACGUAUCCAACACAUAAUAAUACUUUGAGAAAAUAGUUGCAGAAGGCAUUGGGGGAAAAAAGAAACUUGAUUUUAAGCAGAUUCUCUCUUGCGUGGGAAACACUAUGACAGGUGUAGAGGUGUGGUACGAAUGUGCGUGUGUCGACAGCAAGUGACAGGUGUUAGACACUCCCAUCUCUGACAGGCUGUGGCUGUUUGUCCUUCCGUCACAGUAGCGCUCUUUCCCAUUCCUCGUCACCAGUGUAGGUGGUCAGUGAAGCUGAGUGUUAAUCCCGAAGUGAGUGCUUUAGCGAUAUGUGGACAGACGGUAAAUCAUUGACCAAAGGUAUGAAAUGUUUCCCAGUAGACUCGCUGGCUGUGGACUCAGACGGGGUCUUUGAACUUUAUGACACGUUCAUGGGCAGGACGAAGGUCUAGAACAUCUCGUGUACAAUUUUUUCUAUCUAAGUUUUAGGUAUUCAGAUAUCAAGUUCUUUAAUUGAAAAAGACCCUCCAGCAGGCGCUUUCUACUUUUUCAUGUAUCCACUGAGGCACCAAUGUGUUAAGUGUAGAACAACUGUGUGUAUUCACAUAUAUAUGAGUAUGUCUAUAAUCACACAGUGCACCCCUCCAUGCACAUAUAUAUUUAAGUCAUACUUUACUUGUUCUUUACAUAAUGCCUCCUUCAGCACCAAGUAUAACUAGUCUUUAUGAACUCUUAAAUAAAUACUGUUUUUAAAAAUGC